AUGAGCUCCGGUGCCGCCAAAUCCGCCGUCGCGGCCGCGGUGCCGAUGGCGGCGAUGCCCGCGACGCCGAAUCACCAUGCGACAGUGAAUGCGAGUGCCGGCACGGCCACAGGACCGAUGGCAGGGGCAAAUGCACACGCAGAUGCGGGUGCGAAUGCAGACGACUCCUUUGUGGGCCACACUCCCAGCGCGACGGCGCCGCCGAUGGCAGCAACGCAGGUCUACCCCGACGGGUUUCCCGGCUUCGGCCCCGAAGUGCUGCCGCCCGAGGCCGUGUACCACUCGCGCGAGGACGCGUACAAGGCGAUCAACGCUUUGGCGGCUGCGCACGGCUACGCAUUUAUCACAUCGCGGUCGUUCCAGACGUCGGGCGGCCUGACGACGGCCAUGUACUCGUGCGACCGCUCGGGCCGCGGGCGCGAUCCCAACCGCGUCAUGAAGCGCCAGCGGGCGGCGUCGCGGCGGACGGACUGCCACUUUUCCGUGUACGUCAAGGAGCGGCGCGACGGGCUGUGGCAGGUGCGGCACCGCACGGGCGCGCAGUUUUCGGUGCACAACCACGCGCCCAGCGAAGACGUGUUUGCGCACCGCGUGCACCGGUCGCUGGACGCGGACCAGAAGGACAGCAUCGACGUGCUGCUGCAGAUGGACAUGAAGAUGAAGCAGAUUGUCACCUUUUUGCGCCUCAAGUACCGCAAGAACGUCGGCGCGCGCGACGUGUCCAACUACAUUGCGAGCGCGCGGCGCGCCAAGCUGCUGGCCCAGCCGCAGCAUCCCGAGCAGACGGCCCGUGCUGCGAAGGAGCAGGCGUCGCUCGAGCAGCAGACGCUCGAGCAGGAAAAGGAAGACCUGCUGCUCGAGGAGGAGCUUCGCGAACAGCUCGGCAAAGAGCUGCAGCAGACGGCCGGCGGCAGCGGCGCCCAAGACUUUUUCGGAUAG